CCGAUUUGACAGUCGCUAUAAUACAUUGAAUUAUGAAUACACUUUCUUACUCUUUUUCUUUUCUUCAUUUGGCGUCGAGUCUUCAACAGGCGAGUGUAACUCCUCUUUUUGCGCGUCUGUUGGUGACUCCGCAUUGUCAGACAUCUUGGGCACCACGACUGUCUUGCUUUACUCGGUAAACUCCCCCGGAUCACAACGAGGCGAUUCGCUUUCCACUUCCGGCUGCAAUUGGCUCAAAAUAACGUCAAUCAUUUUGAAGUCUGAUUCUAUUGGUUACUGAGUCUGGGGCGUGGCUUACAGUACACAAACCAGUCUGCACUCUGCACUUGUGCUUUGAGCUGUACACAAGCUAAGGUGGUGGUGUCACAUGAGGACAGUUUAACAGUGGAACUUUAAAGUGUCGUUUAGAGCCAAUCAAUAACAUGGCAGGCAUUGGUAGGCUUUCCACUAAGGAUGCUGUGCUCUUCCUGUGCGACAUGCAAGAAAAAUUCCGACCCAACAUCUUCCAAUUCACCAACAUCGUCAGCAACGCGGCUAGAUUGCUCCAGGCCAGCCGGGUUCUGGGUAUCCCUGCCAUCCUGACCGAGCAGUACCCCAAAGGUUUGGGCCCCACGGUGCCCGAGCUGGGGGCUGAGGGACUUACAGCUCACCCUAAAACAUCCUUCACGAUGAUGAUAGAGGAGGUGGAGAAGGAAAUGCAAGCUCUGGGGAACCCCAAGCAGGCCAUCUUGUGUGGCAUUGAAGCGCACGCUUGUAUUGCGUGUACGACAUUUGACUUACUGGAAAAGGGAAUCGAAGUCCACAUUGUGUCCGAUGCAGUUUCAUCGCGAAGUCAGACGGACCGCUUGUUUGCCUUGUCCCGCCUGAAGCAGAGCGGUGCCUUCCUCACCACCACCGAAGCCGUCCUGCUGCAGCUUGUCCAAGGUGCCAAGCACCCCAACUUCAAGGAGAUUCAGCAACUCAUGAUGCAGCCGUCCCCUGACACCGGCCUCCUCGCCUACUUCAGCGCGCUGUAAGAAUCGAAAAAGAACAUCCCGUCAUACUUGCAAAUUAUCUGGUAUUCCAAAGCCUUCUAGUACAUACUAAGUGCUUCAAUAAAAGGAUGCUGCAUUAUUAAUUGGA